AUGGGCCGGAUACAGUGCCAGGCACAGUGCCAGGCACAGUGCCAGAAGACCAAGUUCCGGCUGAAACGAGAUGGAGCGGACCAAGCAGUCCGUGAGCAGUGGGGCAAGAAGUGUCUGGGCAGUGGGGGCAAGAAGUGUCUGAUUAGUGGGGCCAAGAAGUGUUUGAGUAGUGGGGGCAAGAAGUGUCUGAGCAGUGGGGGCAAGAAGUGUCUGAGUAGUGGGGGCAAGAAGUGUCUGAGUAGUGGGGGCAAGAAGUGUCUGAUUAGUGGGGCCAAGAAGUGUUUGAGUAGUGGGGGCAAGAAGUGUCUGAGCAGUGGGGGCAAGAAGUGUCUGAGUAGUGGGGGCAAGAAGUGUCUGAGCAGUGGGGGCAAGAAGUGUCUGAGUAGUGGGGGCAAGAAGUGUCUGAGUAGUGGGGGCAAGAAGUGUCUGAGUAGUGGGGGCAAGAAGUGUCUGAGUAGUGGGGGCAAGAAGUGUCUGAGUAGUGGGGGCAAGAAGUGUCUGAGUAGUGGGGGCAAGAAGUGUCUGAUUAGUGGGGUGCCGCCUUCACCGGUGGUGCCUCCACCAGUGGUGCCUCCACCGGUGGUGCCUCCACCGGUGCCGCCUCCACCAGUGGUGCCUCCACCGGUGGUGCCUCCACCGGUGCCGCCUCCACCAGUGGUGCCUCCACCAGUGGUGCCUCCACCGGUGCCGCCUCCACCAGUGGUGCCUCCACCAGUGGUGCCUCCACCAGUGGUGCCUCCACCUGUGGUGCCUCCACCGGUGCCGCCUCCACCAGUGGUGCCUCCACCAGUGGUGCCUCCACCAGUGGUGCCUCCACCUGUGGUGCCUCCACCGGUGCCGCCUCCACCAGUGGUGCCUCCACCAGUGGUGCCUCCACCAGUGGUGCUUUGCCAGACCUCCCUGUUCCUUGGGACGAUAACCUCUACAAGUGAGCUGUAG